AUGCUCAAUGAUCAUGAACCCUCAAAAGGACACGAUGACUCCUACCUGAUCAAUCGCACUCGAGUCUCGACUGUGAAUCAAUCGAAUAGAAACGCGAACGUCGCUUCGCCCCCAAAAUCUCGAUCUCAAAAAUCCGAGGACAAGCUUGAUUAUGCUCAAUUGAAGAAAGAUGCGCCGGGCCUCGUUGCUGCCGCCGCCCAUGCGGCGGUUCCUAGCUGGACCAGCAUGGUUCUAAUGGUCUCUCUUAUCUUCGGGGGCUGCUGUGCCAAUGUCUUUGCGCUAGAGGCGAUUAUCAAAGAACAGCCUACUGCCGGUCCCUUGAUAACAUUCGCCCAAUUCGCGAUCUGCGCCAUUUUCACCAUCCCAACCUUCCUAUCCCCCUCAGCCGGACCACGAGCUUUAUUCCUGCGCCCACGCGCUAUUCCACUACGCUCAUGGGCGGUAUAUACCUCUUAUUUCAUGAGCGUCAACCUCCUCAACAACUGGGCCUUCGCAUACAAGAUCUCCGUCCCACUACACAUAAUCCUCCGGUCCGCAGGCCCCGUCGCCUCAAUGGUAAUCGGCUACCUAUACAACGGCAAGCGCUAUUCCCGCGGCCAGAUCGCCUCGGUAGCGAUGCUGACGGUGGGCGUGGCGGCAGCCGCCAUGGCCGACGCGCAAUCCAAAGGCGUAUCUAUCCACGUCGAGUCCGAUGCGGCGGAUACAAUCACGACCGUGACGGGCUUCACAAUCCUCGCGCUCGCAAUGGUCCUUUCUGCGUUCCAGGGCAUCUAUGCCGACCGGCUGUACGCGACUUACGGCAGAGACUAUUGGAAAGAGGCGCUUUUCUACUCGCAUGCGCUUUCUCUGCCGCUUUUCCUGACGAGUUGUCCGCAGUUGCUGGGUCAGUGGCGGGUGGUGGCUUCGUCGCCUUCUUUGCUGUCGCAUUUGGAUUCCGGGUUGUGGGGGUCGUCUGGUACGGUUGGGAGCACUGCUUUCUCGGUGCUGGGGCGGAUUUGCCACAUUGAGGCUGUCAAGGCUUUCCUGGCGCAUCUGCCGGUUCAGGUGGCUUAUCUGGCGAUGAAUGCACUGACGCAGUAUCUGUGCAUCCGAGGAGUCCAUCUUUUGUCGGCCAAGUCGUCAUCGUUGACUGUUACCAUUUUUUUGAAUGUUCGCAAGUUGGUUUCCCUGCUCCUAUCGAUUUACCUCUUCGGGAACAAUUUGGCUGGAGGUGUCUUGGUUGGCGCGGCUUUGGUGUUUGUCGGGGGUGGUUUAUAUGGCUUUGAGGGUGCACGUCUACGAAGCGUUGCCAAAAAGGCCCAGUGA